AUAUGUCAAUGAUUUAUCGAAUUACUCAGAAAUUUCUGAACAUAUUGAUUACGAUUACCCUGAACAUACAAACUUUUUAUUUAAUGUAUGGAAGCCAGCUAUAAUACCACCACCUGAUAUUUUACAAAGCAGAUCAGAUAUAUAUCGCAAAUAUCUCGUGAGUGUUGAGUCGUGCCAGAAUCUAUUUGGAUAUGUGCAUUAA